AUGGAUAUCAAGACGAGAUUCCUCAUCCUAUCCGACACACACGCGGAAAAGGGACUCACCGCCCCAAAUCUGCCUGUCGACGUGGCAAUCCACUGUGGAGACUUUACAAACGAGUCCAAACUCCACGAGUUCCGCACGACCUUGGACCUCUUACGAACAAUCAACGCACCCCUCAAAAUUGUCAUUGCCGGAAACCACGACUUUACCCUAGACACGCCAAUGUUUGCAAAGAAGAGAGCGCAGGCAGAAGCCGAAUACGGCGAUUUUGGCGACGCCCGACAACUUUUUGAGGAUGCCAGAUCGGACGGUGUCGUGUUUCUUGACCAAGGCGCCCACCGCUUCAACCUUGACAACGGUGCCAGGCUAGCAGUUUACGCUAGCCCCUUUACUCCAUCUGCGGACGCCGACUGGGGAUUCCAGUUCAAACGGGGAGAGCACCAUGACUUCGCUAUCGACAACGACGUUGACAUCGUCAUCACCCAUGGCCCUCCUCCCAAAGGGUUUUUGGACCUCACUGCUUCUAAUCAGCGCGGUGGCUGCCAGCAUCUCUUUGCUGCCGUGGCGAAAGCUCGGCUGCGGCUGCAUUGUUUUGGCCAUAUCUACGAGGGAUGGGGGGCUAAACUAAUGGCAUGGCACGACACGCCCAGCGAAUUCUCCUCGCACUUUUCUGACAUCAACCACGGCGAGUCAGCCUUGGUCGACACUCUGGCGGCCCUCCGUCCAAGAAAGUGGGAUACAGCCCAAGACAUCGCGGAGAAAGAGUCCCGACUUACAGCGCUCAGGGCCGCUGGGUACCGUGCGACGGACCAUUGCUCUGGAAGCGAGUUCCCUGUCGUUCCAGGCCGUACGACGCUCUUCGCCAACGCGGCCAUCGAGUCGACAGAGGAGGACCAGGCCCAGUUGCCAUGGGUCAUUGACCUCGAACUCCCCGCUGCCAUCCAUUCGGGAUGUGAGUAG